AUGAGCAGUCAACAUCAACAGAUAAAGAUUCGGGAAAUGGAGAGUCGAUCGAAGAUAAUUGCUGAGAGAAUUACAGAAAGUGUACGACUACUUGAUAAUGAACCGUCAUUGGCCUUAUAUAGGUUACAAGAACACGUUGUACGCAGUAUGCCUGUUUUGAUUAAUCGGAGAUUACUGUUAGAUCAACAAUCAGUGAUACUAUCUGGCGCCCAUUUUGAUUUAGAAAAUGUUUUAACAACAACCAAGAACAUGCAAAUGGCUGGAAAAUCGUUUGAGAAUAGUAUCGAAAUGUUGCGAAACUGCAUGUUUUUUAAACAACAGUUAGAUUUUGAUUCAACAAGAAAGGCUUCUGAUUUGAGUGCGAAAGGAAGAAGUAAAUCAUUACACAACGUAGCGUUACGCGCUGAAACUGAAUCGUGA